AUGAAGGAAUGUUCGGUACGCAUGGAGGAGAGGAGCACGUGUGCGUGUGUAAUCCUCAACUGCGGGAUGUGUACUGAUGGGAUAUGCGAGCAGUGCGCGGACGGGUACAGUUUCAACUUUCAACGCACGCUCUGCUGCAGCAUUGGAUGCAAAAGUGACCAAUACGGAUAUCCUGUGUGUUUGGAAAACGAGAACUGCUUCUAUAAUGGGUGUCAACUCGGCUUCUACGGCCGUAAAUGCCACAGGUGUACAGACAAAAUAACGCAUUGUGCCACGUGUUACGAGGUGACUCCAGACGGGGCGGUAAUGUGUACCAAGUGUGCCAACAACAAAUACCUGAACGACGAUCUCACACAAUGCUGUAUCAACCAGGGGUGUGACCAGUACACCGGAGAGUGUGAGGCGGGUUGGUACGGUACCACGUGUGAGAGCCGGUGCCCCGGAAAUUCAUGUUUAAAUAACACAUGUGACCAUCAGCUGGGCACGUGUGACUCCGGGUGUCUACCAAAUUACUAUGGCGUCAACUGCACUGAGGUGUGCCAGUGUAUCCAGGCAGGGACGAUGACAUGUGAGCAAAAUAAGGGAACCUGUGUAUGUAAACCCGGUUUCAGUGGAGAGCUGUGUUCUGAGCAUUGUAGCGUGGGAUGUCUAGGUCUAACCUGCGCCAAGGACGGUUCCUGCAGUAGCGGAUGUUAGGCCGGAUAUUACGGCGCCCAGUGUGGCCGGGUGUGUGAUACCUGCCUCCUUGAAAAAUGUGAGGCCUCCUCGGGUAUAUGUUCCAGAAAGUGCACAUGGUGCUCCUCAACCUGCUUUGAGUCCCGUUGUAGCAGUGUAAGCAGAGAGUGUACCAGUGCUUGUACGGAUGGGAAAUAUGGGUCUAAAUGUACUUCCGACUGUAAGAGUACAUGCA